GAGUCACCUGUAGACCUGAGCACAAAGCCCUGCCAGCUAUAAUACAUGGUCACUACGAUAAGGGUGACUGGUUGACCCUAAACUUACAAAAUGUGACUAAAGAGUCAGCAGAAGAUUACACGUUCGCGGGUCUCAUGACAGGCGACGUAAUUUUCCCUGCACAACUUCCUGACCUGCCCACUAGGCGGAGCUCUGGGCGGCAUUCUCAGGGAGCCCGUUAAUAAGUAGCGUUCUCCUCAGGUUCUGCUUGGAGCAUCUCUGUACGAGCCGCCAUGUCACACGGUCCCUUCUACAAUCCCCCCGUUCCAUUCAGCACCCAUCUUCACAAUGGCAUCCAUGAUGGCACCCUCAUUGUUGUCAGUGGCGCUGUCCUCCAUUCAGGUGACAGGUUUGCCAUAAAUUUCAAGUGUGGAGAUGAUAACAUUGCCUUGCAUUUCAAUCCACGUUUUGAUGGAGCAUAUAUUGUUUGUAACACAUUGGAGCAUAAAAAGUGGGGGAAGGAAGAACACAAGCGGGAGAUGCCUUUUCAUAAGGGACAACCUUUUGAAAUCCGGAUCCUGGCUACAAACCAUGCAUACAAAGUUUCUGUGAACAGAAAUCACCUUUUGGAAUAUCAUCAUAGAAUUCCUCUCCACAAAGUCAACACUAUAGAAAUCAGUGGCUGUAUUAGUCUAACAAGUGUUGAGAUACAAGGACAGGGGGGUGGAUUCCCCCAUGAACCUUUUCCGGGUGGACAAAUGCAGAAUCCAGCAUAUCCACCAGGAUACUCCCACGGCUUUCCUCCCGGUGCUGGAUGCAAUCCUGCUCAAUUCAACCCUGGCCAGUUUUCAUCUGCAAAUUAUGCAAUCCCUUACAAGACUAACAUCUAUGGAGGCCUGUUUCCUUCCAAGGUGAUUGUCAUCAGAGGAGCUGUUGGUGCCCACCAUCCAAAGAGAUUUGAUGUCAAUCUGAAGUUUUGCGGGGGAACUGCCUUUCAUUUUAAUCCAAGGUUUGAUGAAUGCACUAUAGUCCGUAAUAGUUAUCUGAAUAACCAGUGGGGAAGUGAGGAGCGGCAAUUGCCUAGCUCUGGAAUGUGUUUUGCACCCGGGCAGAGCUUUGUGAUUGAAAUAGUUUGUGAACACCAUCAUUUUAGAGUGAAUGUGAAUGGAAACCAUGUGUGCAACUACAAUCACCGUGUGCCGCAUCUCCAGCAAAUAGACACCCUGGAAAUUAAUGGCGAUGUUGUUCUGCAGCAUGUUCAGAUCCACUGUGUUCUUGAGUGGGCAAGAAUGUACAGCUCUAUCUUUCAUGCCUGCGCUUGUCAAGGGUUGCUGAGGUCCAGUGAGUGUGCUUCUUAUGAAUCUUUAGCCAUGAAGUGCUUCCAAGCCACUGCAACCAACCAGCUUCACAGACCCGUUCCAUUCAGCACCCAUCUUCAGAGUGGCAUCCAUGAUGGCACCCUCAUUGUUGUCUGUGGCGCUGUUCUCCAGUCAGGUGACAGGUGGGACAUGAAUUUCAAGUGUGGUCCUGGUGAAAAGGAUGACAUUGCCCUCCAUUUCAAUCCACGUUCUGAUGGAGAAUAUGUUGUUUGCAACACAUUUGAACAUGAACUUUGGGGGGAAGAAUUAAAAAAGCAAGAGAUGCCAUUUCAUAGGGGACAACCUUUUGAAAUCCGGAUCCUGGUUACAGACCAUGAAUACAAAGUUUCGGUAAACAGAAAUCACUUUUUGGAAUAUCCUCACAGAAUUCCUUUACACAGAGUAAACACUUUAGAAAUCAAUGGCUGUAUUAGUCUAACAAGUGUUGAGAUACAAGGACAGGGGCCAGCAUAUCCACCACAGCCAGGAUACUCCCCUCUGUUUGCUCCUGAUGCUGAAUACUAUACAAUCCCAUACCAAACUAAAAUCGAUGGAGGCCUGUUUCCUUCUAAGGUUAUUGUCAUCAGAGGAGCUGUUUCUGCAAAUAAUCCGAAGAGAUUUCAUGUCAACUUGAGCUUUGGCAAGGAAAUUGCCUUUCAUUUUAAUCCAAGAUUUAAUGAAGACACUAUAGUCAGGAACAGUCAUCUAAAUAACCAGUGGGGAUGUGAGGAGCGGCAAUUGCCUAGCUCUGGAAUGUGUUUUGCACCCGGACAGAGCUUUGUGAUUGAAAUAGUUUGUGAACACCAUCAUUUUAGAGUGAAUGUGAAUGGAAACCAUGUGUGCAACUACAAUCACCGUGUGCCGCAUCUCCAGCAAAUAGACACCCUGGAAAUUACUGGCGAUGUUGUUCUGCAGCAUGUUCAGAUCUAGAGUUCUCAUUCUGCUCGCUGCAAUUACUGCUUCUCUAAGUGGUUAUUCCUUUGCUGCAUCCAUAUUUAGAAUUUUGUGCUAUACAUAAAAAUCUUUAGAUUAUAUAAUGGUAUUAUAGGAAUAGGCUAAUCUUUUUCAUGAGCUGGAAAUUGUUAUAAACCGAAUUAAAUUGCAA